GAGGAAGAGUGGAAAGACUACGAGGAGCCUGUCAAAGAUUACACCGGACUCAAGAUACAGGUGUUACAAGGAGGGGCGACGCCCGAUACCGCCAGAGACGCGGCCGAGGACUCCGCCCCCGAGAACACGCGGGGGAAGGGGCCCUGGAACAAACCUGUGGAGCCCGUGUCAGCGGAGCAGCCCCCGGCGCCGGCCGUGAAGGAGGAGCGCGAGCCCGCCGCCCCUGCCGCCUACGUCCCGCCACAGUCCAGGAACAGGGCCGCGGAGCCUAGGCGCACACAGCAGCACAGAAAGAACGCCCCGGACAUACACAACGACGACUACUUCCCGGUGCUGGGCGCGGCGCGGGGCGCGCGGCCCGGCUGGGCGGGCGGGGGCGGGGGCGGGGCGCCCGACACGCAGCGACAACACCGCUCCACGCUCAGCACCGGGAACAGGUUCACCAGUCUACAGGACAGCUAGUGAAGGAAGCCACACAAAAAAAUAGUAAUGUACCAUACUAAUAAAUUAUGUAUUUAAA